AUGCCUGGUAUCGACCCGAACAUCAUAUGUCACCGACUCCACGUCAACCCUGCCUACAAACCAGUGGCGCAGAAGAGGCGCAACUUCGCACCCGAGCGGGUCGCCAUCAUCGAAGCCGAGAUUGAUAAACUCCUAGCCGCCGGCUUCAUUGAAGAGGUCUCCUACUCGGAGUGGCUGGCUAAUGUUGUUCUAGUGGCAAAACAAGAGAAGGGAAAGUGGAGAGUCUGCGUCGAUUACACCGAUCUCAACAAAGCGUGCCCAAAAGACAAUUUUCCAUUGCCAAGAAUUGACCAACUAGUGGAUUCCACUUCUGGCAAUCAGCUACUCAGCUUCAUGGACGCCUACUCCGGCUACAACCAAAUCUUGAUGCACGAGGAUGACAAGGUCAUGCCUUUUGGGCUGAAAAACGCUGGAGAUGUACGUGGAGGUGUACGUGGACGACAUGCUGGUCAAGGCCCCAAAACGUGCAGAUCACCUCAAAAACCUCGCUGA